AGUGCAGAGAUUAGGGUAGAAGGACAGGGGCAUGAUGCUAUGUUUUCUGAGUUGGUGAGGAAGGACAGGCAGGGGUCAAAACAUAAAUGUAGCCAGUUAGAGGAUGUGUCUAUUUCAAUGCUAGGAGUAUUAGGAAUAAAAGGGAUGAACUUACAGCAUGGAUCAGUAUGUGGAACUACGAUGUUGUGGCCAUUACUGAAACUUGGUUGGAGGAAGGGCAGGAUUGGAUGAUGCAGGUCCCAGGGUUCAGGUGUUUUAAAAGGAAUAGGAUGGGAGGUAGAAAAGGGGAGGGGUAGUGGCAUUGCUGGUCAGGGAUAUUAUCACGGCUAUAGAAAGGGAGGACACUGCAGAGGGACUGUCCACUGAGUCAGUCUGGGUGGAAGUCAGAAAUAGGAAGGGAUCAAUCACUGUGCUGGGAGUAGUCUAUAGGCCCCCAAAUAGCCCUCGAGACACCGGGGAGCAGAUAAGCAGGCAGAUUUUAGAAUGGUGCAGGAAAUACAGGGUUGUAGUUAUGGAUGAUUUCAACUUCCCUCAUAUUGACUGGCACCUCCUGAGUGCAAAGGGGAUAGAUGGGACUGAAUUUGUCAGGUGUGUUCAAGAAGGAUUCCUGACACAGUAUGUGGACUGGCUGACGAGAGGAGAGGCUAUACUGGAUCUAGUUCUGGGUAAUGAACCUGGUCAGGUGACAGACCUCUUGGUGGGGGAGCAUUUUGGUGAGAGUGACCACAACUGUCUUAGCUUCAGCAUAGCUAUGGAAAGGGAUAAAAUCAGACAAAAUGGGAAAGUGCUUAACUGGGGAAGGGCUAACUAUGAAGGGAUGAGGCAGGAACCAGCAAGAGUAAACUGGAAACAGAUGUUCAAGGGUGAAAGCACAGAAGUAAUGUGGAGGAAGUUUGGAGACCACUUGAGCUGGGUUCAGGAUAGUUUUGUCCCACUGAGACAAGGAAAAAAUGGUAGGAAAAGGGAACCGUGGCUGACGAAACAUGUGAGGCAACUCAUCAAGAGGAAGAAGGAAGCAUAUGUUAGAUAUAAGAAGUAGGAAGCAGGAGGGGCUCAUGAGAAAUAUAGGAUAGCCAGGAAGGAGCUUAAGAAGGGACUUAGGAGAGCUCGAAGGCGGCAUGAGAAGGCCUUGGCAUGUAGGACUAAGGAGAACCCCAAGGCGUUCUAUGCUUAUGUGAAGAAUAGAGGAUGACAAGAAUGAAGUUGAGGCCACUAAAGGAUAAAGAAGGCAACAUGUGUCUGGAGGUAGUGAGGUUGGGGAAGUCCUAAAUGAAUACUUUGCUUCAGUAUUCACAAGUGGAAAGGACCUUGAUCAGGAUGAAGUCAAAAUAGAACAAUCCUGUGUGCUGGACAAUGUGGAGAUUAAGGAAGAAGUGUUGGAUCUUCUUGAAAACAUCAAGAUUGAUAAGUCCCCAGGGCUGGAUAUGAUAUACCCCAGGUUGCUGUGGGAAGUGAGAGAAGAGAACGCUGGAGCAGUAGCUAUGACCUUUGAAUCCUCUUUGGCUGCAGGGGAGGUGCCGGAGGAUUGGAGAAUGGCAAAUGUAGUUCCCUUGCUUAAGAAAGGUAAUAGGGAGAAUCCUGGGAACAAUAGACUGGUGAGUCUUACAUUGGUGGUCUGCAAACUAUUGUAAAGGAUUCUUAAGGAUAGGAUCUACAAGCAUUUGGAGAAGUACAGUCUAUUCAAGGAUAGUCAACAUGGCUUUGUGAAGGGAAGGUCAUGCCUCACGAGCCUAAUUGAGUUUUUUGAAGAGGUUGCCGUUGCCGAUGGCUGUUGGCGGGGGUGUCUUAAUACGCUCGGCAGUGGAUGGUGCUCGGAGAAGCUGUGCCAGAGGGGAUGGUCGGAGGCUCGGAGGUUCGACAGACUCAGAGUCCGCUGUGGUCAGGUCGCUUUCACUGUGUGCUGUGUCUGCGAGGCUGGUUUCGACGGAGCUUUCAGAGUGUGCUGUGUCUGCGAGGCUGAGUCAGGCGGCGCCAUGGAAAUCCAUAUCGGGGGUACUCCCUUAUGCUGCUGGCGUGGGAUGGAUGCUGCUGGACAUUAAGAACGUAAAGUCCUACAGUUCUAACCCAUCGGCGAAUCGCUUGUUGGCGGGGAAACUGGAGGAGCCGGACUUGAAGUGGACCUUGUUGCUGGAGAGGCGUCGGAGUCAGUGCACGGAGGCGGUGUGCAGUCUAACAGCGAGCGAUUCUCUCAGUCGCCAUUCUUGUGAUCACAGGACCCUUUUGGACGCUGAUACAGUACGGUUACAGGCGCUUCCGGCCCAGCAGACUAAUGCCCAUGUGGUCAUGUCACGAUGUGCGCUGGCAAUAUUCGUAUCCAAGUGCAGAGGAAAGACAGACUCCGGUGUAGGCUUGGUGACAGGAAUUUAUUCAAAAUAAUUCCAAAACAACAGCGGUGGCUCAGCUGAGCAGAUCCACAAGAAGUGACUUUCUCAAAAUUAGGACCCUGUGAUUAGUGCUCAUUGGGUAUCCGCUUACAUUAUACAAGUGACAUGGAAUCCCCGAGACUAUCAAAAUAAACUUAUAAAGCUUAAACAGAAAAAAAACAAGGAAACUACAUUACAAAGAGCAAGUCACUCAAAAAAAACCCCACAAGGAACUCUAAAUGAUUAGCGACUUCUAUUCUUUUUCAAUAUUUUUAUUAAUUUCUACAUAGAAGAAUUCAGAGGUCAAGAAAAUACAUAUUAUAAAACAAAAGAAAGAUAUUUUAAUACCAAUUAUAUUUGAAUCACAUCGACGAACACCUUACCCUAUGUUCAUGCAGAUUAGAUUAAUCCAUAUGUUGAGAUAUGAAUAAUAUUUUAUAUAUAUAGAAAAAUAAAUCUUUAUCCACUACCAAAGCCAAAGCUGUUUGGUAAAGGAAAAGGGGAAAAACCUUAUCAGAUAGUGAAAUAUGCUAUUAACCAGCAUCUGUACUUUAAUGGGAAAUCAAAGGUUUUGAAAAUAAUUCAUAAACAGUCCCCACAAAUUUUGAAAAUCUUGGUUAGAUUUAGAAAUUGAACAAUGAACCUUUUCUAAAUUUAAGCAUGCCAUAACACCCCGUAAGCACUGAGCGUGAUUAGGCGGAGACGACUUUUAUUAAACAGCAAUUAACCAAUUCAGCUGCUCUAAAAACCUCAGAGCUCUCUGGCGCCACACACAGGCCUGAAGCGCUCAUUACAGGCCAUUAACCUACUAACAUGUACACUUUUGUAAUGGGGAAGGAAAUCAGAGCACCCUAAUGAAACAUAUGCAGUCACAGGGAGAAUGUACAAACUCCUUAUGGACAGAAGCAGAAAUGAACCCGGGUCUCUGGCACUGUAACACUUCCAUGCUGUCCUAAACAGCUAGGUGGACAAAAAGAGUAGAUUGGACUUACUGCACUGAAGGACUCAAGCA